AAAAUAAUAAUUUAAGCUACAUCAUUUUAAUUUAAAAAAUCUAAUAUUUUGGUUAAAAGAAAAUUUAGGAUCAUUAGGGUUUUUUUUUUUAUCACAAAGUAUAGUUAAUUUCAAUUUUCCCCAAAUUUAGUCCAACAAAGUAUAGCCUCCUUUUCAUAAUUUUUUUGGACCAAUUCUUAGCCCCCAAAUUCAUAAAAUUCUUUUUGAAAUUUCUUGUUGUCUCAUAAUAUUAUAUUCCCCGCAUGCUGAAAGAGGAGUGGACCAUUGCACCCCAUUUCAUAUAUUAGGGUUUUUUUUUAUCACACAAAGUACAAAUUAGCCAUUCAUUUCCAGCAAUAAUUUCAAUUAUUCCCCAAUUUUAGUCCAACAAAUUAAUCUUUUUUUUCUAGCAUGAUAUUAUUUUUUGACUAAUAUUUGAAAAGCAGUUUUGAAAAGGAACUGACUUUUCCAAUUCAUGAUAUUUGUUUCUGACCCCUUUGCACAGUGAUAACACUCAGCCACUUACUCUGAACAAAACAGAAACAAAUGGAGGAUUUUGUAACAAUGUGAUGUAUUUAAUGAGUAUUGGCCCACUGACAACAAGAAAAAAUUUCUCCUUCUAUUAAUGGAGAGGGGGUUUACAGGCCACACUCUAAUGGGGCAAAAAACUGUCAAUAAGUUGCAAAAUCACCAAAUCAUUGACCUUAACUUUUUAGCUAAUAGCUUUCAUGGAUGAUUAGAAACUAUACCUAUCUAAUCCUCUGCAAUUUCUCUGAAUUUUGGAAGGAAGCAGCAGUAGAUAGAAAUGUGUACAUGAAGAGAGAUUUUAUGAAGCUAAAGCUAUAAUCACAAUAUACUUGCAACAUAAAAAAGAGAUAGAUAAAAACAAAUACGAAAGAAAAUUAUAUACAAUCCCACUAAAAAAUAAUAAUAAAUAUCCUAAUUAGAGAAAGCACUAUAAAAUUUUCUUUAACAGAACAACCUCAUCUUUUGACAGCAAGCCUCAUUUAAAAUAAUUGAGGAAAGAGGUGGGAAGUCAAUCAUCGUGCAUGUGGUUCUAUUUCAGGUAACUUGUGUGUUCUAUGAUUCUAGGAUGAAAAACAGAACAAAAUGCUGUAGUUGGGAAUUUGCUUAUAAGAGAUGUUCUAAAAUUAUAACUUCUUUAAAGACUCGUCAGGUUCUUUCCAAUUUUCAGUGUCUUCGACGUCUCUUUGAAGAGAAAGACACGAAGCAAGGAUAUAACGGGCUUAAGUAUUUCUGCACAAUUGUUGCCGUAUGCUCUAGGACUGCAUACAGUCUUGACGGAGGACUAAGCUGGAAAGUGAUGGCUGGGAUAUUCUCAGUAACUGCAGCUAUCUAUGGAACAUAAUGGGAUCUAGUCAUGGACUGGGGGCUCCUGCAAUUUAAGUCGAAGAACUGGUUGCUAAGAGACAAACUUCUUAUUCCAUACCGAAGUGUGUAUUUUGGAGCAAUGGUCCUGAAUGUAUUGCUGAGAUUUGCCUGGUUGCAAACUGUCCUGAACUUCCAGGUAUCUUUCCCACAUACUCAAACCUUAAGCGCAAUUGUUGCCAGCCUAGCGGAUUAUGGAACUUUUUCAGGUUGGAGAAUGAACAUUUACACAAUGUUGUCAAGUAUCUCGCAUUCAAGUCUGUACCUCUACCUUUCGACUACAAUGUUGGCUAAGACAAACAUGAGUUCCAUAUUGCAUCAGAAAAAAAUCAAUAGACAGGAAGUUAGUUAUCCAAGAACAAACAGCAAAGAAAGAAAACACUACAGGGAUGUUCUCAGAAGUACGAUUUCGGAGGAGCUUGAUUGUUUUCUCUCUCAUUUUUUAUUCAUUUAUUGUAUUUAGUUAGGGAGGUCAGUACCCUGUAUGUGUAAUACUCCUUGCUAUGGAUAUAUAGUUAUUGAAGGGUUUAUGGAAGAGUUUUCAAUCCAAAA